GAGUGGCGUGGAACAAAACGAGUGUUUAGCGUUUAUAACUUUAAUCCUGCAUUAUUUUGGGCCUCUUUUGAGUACGUCUCAUUGAAAGUUAUGCACAAUUUUUUUUUAAAUGUGUUUACUUAGUGGUAUGGUGAAUAGCAGUUGACACCGUUGUUGGUUUUUCUUUUUUUCUUGUAUAGAUGUGCAAAAAUUAAGAAAAUUUACGUGAAAAAAAACUUGGUAGGCAAAAAUAUUAAGUUGUGAGAAAUUGCGAUGGAAGAGAAACUUUGAAUUGGCUUCCACGUUUGUCAGAGGCUCGCUGUGAUGAACAAGGAUCAGUCGAAGUCUUUCGAAGUAAACACCGAUCAUUUUUCAACAGCUCUGUCGAUGUCCACGGAAGAAGAAGAGGAUGGGAGAGGUGACAAUUUUAUGACCUUGUACUCUUCAGAAGAGUCAUUUUUGGCCAUUUCAUCGUCUGAUCAAUUAUCAACCUUACAAUUGACUAACACUAAUGAAAACGACCCACGGCUAACCACUAAAGGAAUUAUAACACAAAUAAACCACUGCAGUAGCAUACGGGAACUGUCACUUUCCUACUCGUUUCUCAACGACGAGCUGUUAAAAGCCCUCAGCGGCAACGACACACUCCAUUUGGAAAUUUUGAGAGUCGAGGCUUUUCCGGAGGCUAAAUCAACAGCCAAAAUCAGCAACGAAACCUGGUGCACGUUCACUAAUCGGUUUCCCGGCAUAAAUCUUAUAUUAUUGACAUACAUGACGGAGGAGGAAGAUUACGAAGAUCUACUUUCGGUGCACGUGCCGUUCACCCAUUUGUACUUCAGCGAGUGCGUGCCAUCCUCAGCUGUGGCACGAGUUGGUACCAGCUGUCCUAGACUCGUGGAACUCGUAGUGAGUGCCUACGGACCCGACACCAUCGACGAGGUACUCAUCGGCGCGGCCCAUGGCUGUCCUAAGCUCAGCGCCGUUGGACUUGGUGACUGCGAGAUCACGUAA